AUGUCACCAAGCACAGAGGGCCCAGUACAUCCAGUAUCACAGGUCACACACGAAAAACAAAAGGCUGAAGAGGGCACUGAGUUCGAUGAUGCUGGUAAGACCGACUGCGACAGCAAUAACGAUGACGAUGACGAGAAAACUUUAGCCUAUUCAAGUGACGACCCGCCCGUAACCAACAAACAGGCCAGUCCAUCAUCCGCCCUCAACAUCGAUCUAGCUGUACAGCUCAUCGAUAGCGGUGUCAUGAUAAAUGCCGAUGCCAGCUUCGGUCAUGGUCCUCUCAUGGCUCUUAUCCGCACGACGCCACCUCGAAUUGCCGCUCAGGAAGCCAUGAUUGAUUUUCUCGUCGCUGAAGGAGCAGAUGUCAACUACAUGGGCAAAGAUGGUGUGACACCUCUCUGUGCGGCUGUAGAGACUGGACACACAGAACUCGUCGUUCGCCUUUUGGCCCACGGAGCGGAUAUCAAUGAUUGUCGAACUGCAAUGCCUUUAUGGAAGUGGCAUUCCGGUAAUGAUUUGUCUGCCCUACAUGUCGCAGUGGGCAAAGGCAAGUCUGAAUGUUUGCAGAUCCUUAUUGAGCGAGGAGCGAACUACAAGCAAUCUUUUCGUUUGUCCAACAUUUUUGAUGUAACGCCAUUGCAUGUUGCCGUCAACGACCUCGCCUGCGUAACCCUACUAGCGGGAUUAGGCGCCGAUCCAAUGUCGAAAGAUAGUAAGGGACGCACCCCAUUUCACUGGGCCGUCGAGGCGGUCAACGUUGAUGUUGUUGUAUGGUUUCUCAAAGGUGGAUUUCCUGUCGACCACCCUGGGGAAGAAGGUGUAUCAGCACUAGGCAUGGUUUGUGCGGCACUUGAGCAAGGCGUCAAGUCGGGAAAGUUCCCAUCUCUUACAAAAGAACUUCUUCAAGCUGGGGCAAACUUGGAUAUUGUAUAUCCUCAGGAUCUAUCGAUCAGGCAGAGAUGGUUAUUGAUGGACGACUGGCGAGUUACAUAUGAGCCUAUCUUUAAAAGACAUGCUUGCAACUAG